CAUCAAAUAACCCCCAAGCGAAUCAAACCAUCCAAGCUCAAUAUAAGCGAGUAUCUACGCAUAGCAUCCACCCACCGGUCUAACAAUAACUCCUAUUACAUUGAAGGAAGGGCAGAGGACUACUGCACACGCAAUACGGGAGCAGAGUGGUGGCUUUUUAUUUUUACACAGUAUGCUCUUUUUCAAGUGUCGCUCAGCCUCACCAGUCUUAGUCAGGUAUCCACUUUGUACACGGUGCUCAUUCUAGAUGGAGCGCCUAAUCAGCAUUCACAUCAAGCUUUUGGCGCUCAUUUUACUCUUUCUCCUACCGUGCCUCCGCGCCGCUAAGCCGCAUCUGCCUGUGGACCAGUGGAGAUCGAGGAGUAAAGCUGAUUGGAUACGAUUAUGGAACACAGAGCGACACGUUAAUGUAUGUAACGAACAUCUUCAGCCUGUCUUUGAUGCGGCCUGUCAGAAUGAUGUACGCAAGAUCACGAAAAGAACCGGAGAAGAAUUUGUAAAAGAAUGGGCAGCCAAGGACUUUUUGAUCGGAAGUAAGAGGAAACGUGGCUUGAAUGAGGAAUGUUGCCAUGAGGAUACGGGGUGUGUUUGGGAGGAGGUGGCCGAGUACUGUAAGAAGCAUGGUAGAGAGAAGCAUAAGCCGGGAAGUACAGUAGCACAAGGAAAGCAAGGCCGAUAGCGUGCACAAGGAAAGCAAGACUGGUAGUGUGUUGAGACAUACCACGUGGAGAUGUUUGAAUCACUGGCACCGUUAUAGAUCUUAUGCACAUGACGUCAUUAUUGAGUAGGGCGCCCUCUCCUAGAGAUCACAAAAAAGAUUGUUCAUUGGCCAAUCAUGUGCGCUGCGCUACUAAUCUGUGCGUUUUCGAUUGGUUGAUCAUUGGUUGACCUCUAAUAUGGCAGAUGUAUCACGUCAAUGCAUAAGGUUUAACCUGUAAAAAGACAUGUUAUAUUAUAUAUAAACGUACUUUAUCAAUCAUUGAAUUAUUUUAAUAUGUUUUUGCCUACGACUAUUUUGUGUUUUCCUUCAAUGAUAGGAUCUGACUACAUUAGUAUUUUGAGAUAUUAACGAGCUUUAUAUUACAUUCCUUCAUAUGUGUACGAACUAUCACAAAGAAAAUUUGCAUAAUUCUAUUUUCCCAUUGUAUGUGAUGGAAUGAUUAAAAAAAAAAUUAAAAACAACGAUUAACCUAAACAACUUCUUAUUCCUGUAACAUAAACAAAUGUGUGAUUUAAAAACAAUUGUCCGCAAGUCCCUUUCGUAAUUCUGGUACCCGUUGGUAGGUCCGUAUCAUCGGUUUUUACAUUGUUUGUUGUGUGGGUUUUUUUUUUUUUUUUUUUUCACCUGGCCUGUAGUUACGAGAUUCUAAAUUAUUACUUUCCUCCAAAAUAUGUCAUUCAAGGGAAGUCAUUACAACUGGACGUAAGGAAAAUAACGAUGGUUUAACAAAUAAUAGGGGUGAUUUUAAUCGGUUUCAGUUAUAGCAUGCCUGAAGAUGUCCUUCUUUAAUUACAGAAAUACAGAAUGGCUGAAUGGGAAUUACUACAACCUAGUUGGGGAAAGACCUACAUCUUGAGAGGGUUAGACAUUGCAGUUUGACCAACAUUGCAUAGUGUUGGGUGUUUUAAUCUUAAUUGAUAAGUUUCAGUGGGCAAUCCGUACAUUUCAUUGCUUUGACAACUUGUAAACAAGACCAACUGCAUUUAAACUAGAGUUUAAUCAAAUCAAGAAAUAGAAGUGAAUGUAAAGCUAGAUAUAGGUUGUCCUUAGGAUUGAUGUUUGGACCACAUCAGCUGAUCAUGUGGGUCUCACAUUGUAUCAAAAAUACAUCAAAGACAAAAUGUGAAGUAAUACAUCACGUAAUUAACUGAAUGAGUAAAAUAUAUUAAAUUAAUUUUGGGUUGAACAACCUCAAGAUAAAAUACAAAAAACGAAAACACUUAGCAGAAACGGCACCGAAAGGAAAACAGUGGGUCUUAUUAAAUGAAAUAACGUUUUAGCUAACAGUCUUUGUUGUGUAUGGUCAUAAAAGAUGCAAACAAAUAUGAUAACUUAUUUACUGUCGUUGCGCAAGUUAGACUAAUAUUGGUAUUGUAAAUUUAACCACUUAGUUUAAAGUCGAGAGCCACUGCGUUAUUACAAGCUUAAUGAAUCGAAUAAUUGGCUCCAAGGAUAGUCAAAGGUGACUCCAUUAAACAGACUACUAACAAGAGCUUACAUUUGUUAGUGUGGAUAAUCUUCUUAUAUAAUAUUCAGUUAUAAUGUGCCAGUUCAAAGAAUAACUAACCUGACGUUUUGACCCUAACAGAGUCUUUAAUUAAGGCUAAGACACAAAACUCAUAGGUUUUCUAUAUAUAAAUGAAACAAUAGCAGUCAAGUGGAAGUGCAUGAAUAGAGAGAGAGGCAGACAACACACAUCAAAACCAAGGGGGAAGCCGAGCAUAAUGGAGACAAAGGGGGGGGGGGCUGGUUUGAACACAGGAAGUUGCAAACACAAAGGA